UGGCACCUCAGCACCUACGAACUAGCCAAAUCCUGCGACUUCUGAAUUUUGAUGCGCGCUCCUGCGCGAUGGGUGUUUCAACUCGCCGAGACACCGGUUCAUUAUCGUUGUCCAGGGGAGCUGCUGUACUCGGCGCGAAAAUCGAGGCGUAGCAGAACAGAUCAGAUUAUCGCAACACGCCGACCGGAUAUUUCCACCCGCCGGCAGCAUGAGCAAGGUCAUCCGGCUGGGAAGCCGGAUACGGUACCCCAUCACGAUCGUCAGGCUGCUGAAGUCUCCUGGCGAUAAGAUCAAGAAACAAGAGCCCCUCCUGGAAUACUCGUUCAAAUGGAUGAGGGAGGUCACCGAUAAGUUCGGGGACAACCCGCGGCAGGAGGAGCAGACCACCACGGUGACGUGGGAGUCGCCCACCGACGGCGAGCUGACGCAGUGGCACAUCACAGAGGGUCAGCGCAUUGUGGCGGACAGGGCGUGCCUGACAGUCAAAGAAGAAUGCUCGCACGGGAUACAGUAUGGAGGUCUCUGCGGCAUGUGCGGAAAGGACAUGACCGUGGUCAACUGGGCCGCCGAGACUCGUGACACGGAGCGCGCCCCGAUCCACAUGGUGCACGACCAGACCUGCCUGACCGUCAGCCCGUCCCACGCCCAGCGCACCGAGCGGGAGCUGCAGCGCCGGCUGCUCCAGAGCCGGAAGCUCAGCCUGGUGGUGGAUCUGGACCAGACCAUCAUCCAGGCGUGCAUCGACCCGACCGUCGGCGAGUGGCAGAGAGACCCGACCAACCCGAAUCACGAGUCCGUCAAGGAGGUCAAGAGUUUCCAGCUGGACGACGGGCCGUCCGACCUGGCGCGGCGGUGCUCGUACUACAUCAAGAUGCGCCCCGGCCUCGAGGAGUUCCUCAAGCGCAUCUCCGAGCUGUACGAGAUGCACGUCUACACGAUGGGCACGCGCGCGUACGCGCAAAAUGUGGCGCGCGUCGUCGACCCGCAGAGGAAGCUCUUCGGCAACCGCGUCAUCAGCCGCGACGAGAACGGUAACAUGUUCGCCAAGAGUUUGGGCCGCCUGUUUCCCGUGAGUACGAACAUGGUGGUCAUCAUCGACGACCGGUCCGACGUGUGGCCGCGCAACCGGCCGAACCUGAUCAAGGUCUCGCCGUACGAGUUCUUCAAGGGCAUCGGAGAUAUCAACUCCAGCUUCCUGCCGAAACGCCACGACCUGCUCACGUCGGACGCCGCGACCAACGGUGUACAAAACAAGGGGCGGAAGAUGGAGCCGCCUCCGAAGGUCGACAAGAACAAGGACGAAGCGCUCGAGGCCAUCGUCAACAUGACCGGUGGGGACGAUUCCGCCCUCACGAAGCGGCAGGUCGAGGAGCAGGAGCGCGCCUUCGAGAAGCAGAUUAAAGAUCGGCCUCUGCAGCUCCUGCAGGAGAAGCUCGAUCGGGAGGGCGAAGAAGCCGAGAAGGCCACGGUCCAGUCGGAGGACGGGUCCGAGUCUCGGUCGUCGUCCCCGGCGGCGCAUCGGCACCGCGUGCUGCAGGACGACGACACGGAGCUGAAGUACCUAGAACAACACCUCAUCAAGCUCCACAAGACAUACUACGAAGAGUAUGACAGCAACCGCGCGUCGCACAACGCCGGCGGCAAUGUCGAUUUCAGCUCGGUCCCCGACGUCGGCCGCAUCCUCGAGGAGCUCAAAAGCCAAGUGCUGCGGGGCCUCAAGAUUGUGCUCUCGGGCGUGCUGCCGCGCGGCAUAGACAUCUAUCAGUCCGAGAUCGGCGUACAAAUCAUGAGCUUCGGCGCGGACCUGCGGCCGCGGAUCCACAACGACGUGACGCAUCUUGUGGUGAACGCGUCCCAGCCCGGCAGGGAGAAACUGCUCGAGGCGCGGCGCCGGCCACACAUCAAGAUCGUCAGCCAGGAGUGGCUGGCGGCCUGCUUCAGCCGGUGGGAGGCUGUCGACGAGACGCCGUACCUCUUCACGGCGCGCCUCGUCGACGAGGACGAGCCGAACAACCGCAACAAGCCGCCGGCGGCGGCGGCGGCGACGACGGGGGAAAACGCGGCGGCCGAGGACGACGAAGAGAACAACGAAGGCGAGAACAAGGCGCCCAAUGGCGGGCACAACCGGCGCGGCCCGAGACUGCGGCUGGUGUCUGCCUCGGGAGAGUCGCGGGACCUGCAGCCGGCCGAUGAUGACGGCGAUGAGGACUCGUCGGAGGAAGAGAUGGACGAGGACCUGCUGCCCGACGCGCUCCCGGACGGUCAGUCGUCGCCCAUCGACGGGCUGAAGACCUUUAACUGGGGCUCAGCCGACGCCGAGCUGGAGGAGUUCCUCGCCAGCGGAUCGUCUGACGAAGAGGAGGACGACGACGACGAUGACGAGGAAGAGGAUGGAGAUUACGUCCAGGCUGACGAGGAUGAGGAGGAGGAGGACUCAGAUGACAACACGCGUCGCCGGAGCAGAACAGCGAGCCCGACGUCUGGCCUGUCGGCGAGCCGGAAGCGCAAGAGCCGCGCCGAGGACGGCGAGGACGGCGACGGGACUGAAGCAUUCGGGGACGACGGCGGGCACGAGACGCCGGCCAAGAAGCUGCGCCGCACACAGAGCCAGCGCACGACGUCGCUACGGGCCCAGUUUGCUGCCGGCGAGCAGCCGGCUGACCAGCUCGAGGGCGGCAGCGGACUGCCUACGCCAGGAGGCACGGAUGAUCUCGACGGUGCACAGCAACAGCAACGUCAGAGCGGAAGUACUAGAAUUGGCGAGCAGCCGGAUGAGGAUGAUGAUGAGAUGGACUUUGACGAGGCCGCGCUGGAGGCCGAGUUCGAGGCCGAGUUCGCGGCCGAGUUCGACAAGGCCGAGGCGGAGAUGCAGGCGGAACAGGCGGCGCUUGCGCUCAGAGAGGCGAAUAAGCCUGGCACGGAAGCGGAGAAGGGGUAGCUAUAUCCGCGACUUUGCCGGCCACCGGUCGAGCACCUGGGCCGGGCCGCAUGGUAGAUGGUUCGCUGCAAUGGAGGGUGCAGCGUGGAGUGCGCGCUUGGGAACGUGGAAGCUUUGUCAAGAGCCACUGUCUACGGCGUUCUACUGUCUCGGAGCACUACUGUCUGCUUAGCGGGGAUGGAUCCAACGGAUGUACUGCAGCACGCAUGGACGGACGGACGGGUGGGCGGGUGGAUGGGAUGGAGUUUGUCGGUGUUGUGGUGUAACUUAUUUGUAGUGACUAGCACGUUGCGUUCUGACGACUCUGUCUUCACUGCUGGUGUUGUGAUGGGCGCCUUUGAGGCCGCGCAGCCGGCAUGGAGCUUCCUCGUGUAAUUACCUAAGGUAGUUACCUACCAUAGCGUAAUUACCCUUGUACCAUGUAACGUUUAUUCCGUCCA